UGGAAUAUAGGUUGGAUGGGGGAUGAACUCAUUGCACCUGGAAGCUUUUCAAAGUCCACAUGGGGCAAGUGACAAGUGCACAACAGCGGUGGCACGUGGAAACUCCGCUGCCUGAUUUCACAAAACCUCUAGUCGAGUCUAGUCUAGUCUAGUCUAGUCUAGCGUGAGCUGCGUGACACUGAGAGAUUAUAAAAACUUCGGCUGAGUCAUUCGAUCACCGCUCAUUCCCUUCUUUAUCAUCAUCAUCAUCAUCAUCAUCAUCGGCCAAAACUUAGUAAGUGUCAGAGCACAGCGUUGGGUUGUACUCAUUUUGGAUAAUUUGGAAUGGCUCUCCGAACGCUCGCCAGCAGAAAAGCUGUAGGAGGUCUACGGCUCGCCGUCGGCCUCCGGAGCGAUGCGAGACUCCUAGGGUUAGGGUUUCCGCAAGCCCGCGGGGUGCAGACCGUCUCCCUCCCCGAUCUCCCCUACGAUUAUGGUGCCCUCGAGCCCGCCAUCAGCGGACAGAUCAUGCAGCUCCAUCACGCCAAGCACCACCAGACCUACAUCAACAACUACAACAAAGCCCUCGAGCAGCUCGAGCAAGCCAUGACCAAGGGCGAUGCCUCCGCUGUUGUUCAGUUGCAGAGCGCCAUCAAGUUCAAUGGCGGAGGUCAUGUCAACCACUCAAUUUUUUGGAAGAAUCUCACUCCUGUUCAUGAAGGAGGUGGUGAGCCUCCAAAAGGUUCCCUGGGUUGGGCUAUUGACACAGAUUUUGGUUCUUUGGAAGCAUUGGUGCAGAAAGUCAAUGCUGAAGGUGCUGCUUUACAGGGCUCUGGAUGGGUGUGGCUUGGCCUGGACAAAGAAUUGAAGAAGCUUGUAAUUGAGACGACUGCAAAUCAGGAUCCACUGGUAACAAAAGGACCAAAUUUGGUUCCCUUGCUUGGAAUAGAUGUUUGGGAACAUGCAUACUACUUGCAGUACAAGAAUGUGAGACCAGAUUAUCUGAAGAAUAUAUGGAGUGUCAUCAAUUGGAAGUAUGCGAGUGAAGUUUAUGAGAAAGCGUGUCCAUCCAGUUAAGAAGCUGUGUUUUGAUUAAGCAGCUUGGGUUGUUUUAAGAGAGGGAAUAAAUUCAUGUUCGCCAGUGCAGUUCAUGAGAGUGUGUCCUCCAUGCAAGCAGCUCUGCAUCCUCUAGCGCCUGUAUUUUGGGAGAUACCACUUAGCAGCUCCAGAGGAUUUUAGAGAGGAAUAAAUCCAUGUAAUGUAUCCUUUUCCUUUUUUUUUUUUUGUGUGUAUGUUUUUAUAAAUGUUUUGGACGGAGUGUUGAAUCAACUGUGUGGAAAACUCUUGAGCUGUGUUGCUCUCCUCUUGUAGACCUCUUUGAUUGGAGUCGGAAGACAGUUCUCUCCCA